CCGCACCGCAAUCCCGUUAGCGUAAUUAACGUUACGUACCUACUCACUAGUUCAUUUGUAGCUUACUAUAUAAUUUUAAAAUAAAAAUUAUUCAUAAUGAAAAGUGCCUGGUUCCCGUAGUAGAGAUCCGGGCGGCAGUAGACGAUAAGUACGUGCGCGAAACGAACCGAAACGUGCGCUCAUUCGAGUCGCCGACAAUGCACGAGUGUCCGUUUUUAAAAGCACUCCAGAGCACUCAUUAGUCGGUGCACCGUAACUCCGAUGCGGUUGGAAGAAACGCAACGCGUAUGCAAUACGGGGCAUUAGAAAGUGUAAUGUAUAGUGUGGUGCGAUGCUGUCGGUGAGCAAGCCGACGUCGUUAGUUGAACAGAAGAAGCAACAGUGGGCGCGGGAGAGAGAGGAGAUGUCUCAUCUUUACCUACCAUGGAAUACCGGGGAACGCUAUACAAAUCGUUUGCAAGUGCGCAACCAAUUCGCCAGCACUCUCGAACUGCACAAACAAUCAUCUUACGACUAUCAGGAACCAAAUCAACGCCAAAGAAGUCCAAGUUUACCGCCGAUACAUCAUAUAGAAGGAGAAAGACCGGUUAUAAAAGAAGAUAGAAGGUCUAAUGUCGUGAAUCGCAAUAUUCCAAGUGCCAAGAGAUUCGCAUUUUACGAUGAAGAUUGCGAGGGAGACACAUCUGGUUAUGGCAGCGAGACCCUCAACAAUAUGAACCGCAAUCGCAAAGAUUAUGUGCAAGAUGAAAAUCGGAACGUUAUUGCUGCAUGGCACCAAGAGACUACUGAUAACAGGUUGACGACGACUGAAAUUCCCACAUCAGGCCGAAGCCCGCGCGCAGCCGAAGAGGGCCGUCUAAGAUGGGGUGAUCGCGGAGUUGCCACUGGGCGACUGUGGGAACCCACAGCACCCAAUGCUAGAUUACCCCAGAUGCCGAAUCAAAGAAAAGGUACUCCCUCUUGGGUAGAGCGGGGUUUAAACAUGAUUGAAAAUUCUUCAGAACUUCUAGUCAUAGACCAAAGAAGCUCGAGUAAUAGUACUGGACUCGACUGCGACAGGAUGUCAUGUAAUGGCUGUGAUGAAGGAAGAACAUUUCUUAGAGGACAAAAUGUUCCUUUAGAGCCAGAAAUUAAAGCCCAACGCGAAAGCAAACGUAUAAAAGCACUUGAAUUGCAGUCAGCAAUAUUGAAUCAACUAGAAGACAGAGAAAAACGUCGCCUCGAAGAAAGGGAAAGGAAACUGAAAGAAGAGAGAUUAGAAGAAUUAAGGAUACAACGACAACAAGAAGAAGACAGGCUGAGAUUGGAAGCAGAGAAAAGACGGCAUGAAGAAAAACAACUUCUAGAACAGAGAAAGCUAGAAACAUUAAAGAAAGCGCUCGAAGACGCGGAGAGAAAGGCUAAACAAGACAAAGAGAAAAGGUUUACUUGUUUGAAAAAAUCGUUGAAAGCAAAUGUAGAUGAAGAUGCGAAAGAAAACAUAGAGGAAAAUAUACCAGCUGAAGUCGUACGAAAUAUUGAUCCUGCAAGUCCUACUAAGACAAACAGAACAUAUGAUGUUCAUUCUGCGAAAAGCAUAAAAGAAAGUUCAUCUCACCAAACAACUGAAUUUAAUUCACCAAGAUCUAUGGGAACAGGGAAUUUAAAUUUAUUUAUUCACAGUAUUCCUCCUUUAGCCAUUGCUGAGCGGCAAUUUAAUCUUGUACCCAUUGGAAUUAAUAGCAACGGCGAAAUAAUCAACGGGCACACUAACGGAAUUCAGUUAGCGGUUAUAGUUCCUCAAAAUGCACUUGGAAAUUUAUACGGUGUAUCAUUAAACAAUGGCAACGAUUCACAAGACAUGCGUAAAGUUGUAACACCCACUAACUCAUAUCGUACUGUUAAAAUGAUAGAUGUAGCCACACAAACCGAUAUAAGUAUUUUUAAACGAACUACAGAUAAAAUAGUAGAGACAGAAGACAUUGAGAGUAAUGUUGAAAAAGAUUAUUCAAAUAUUGAUGAAAAUGCGCCACAAGAUAGUCAACACAGCACCCUAAAAAAAGAUAGACGUUUCCGAUCUGAAGAAAGAUAUAAAAAAGACUUGGAAAAUCGUCCUAAAUGGGGCGUUAACCGUCCCGCUGCUCAGUACAAAAAACAGAGUGAAAAAGAUCCAUUUUACAGUCAAAAAAGAAAAAUGCGACAAAAAUAUAGACCGCAAGCGAGACAAUAUUUAUCACAAUCUAGUGAGGAUAGUCGUUCUCCCAGCCCACUAACUCGUUCUGAAAAAUUUACAGAAACCGGAAUGAAACAUCGCAAUUCAUUAAGUCAGUCGUAUUGGAGAAGCAAAAGAUCUAGUCAAGAUGUAUCCAAAAGUAAUACUGUGCCGGAAUCUAUCAGUAAUAUACAGGCUGAAUUUAACCACAUAGGACAAAUAACAACUACUGAAUUAACAGAAAACAAAAAGUCUCCAAAGAUGUCUCCAACAAAAAGAAUAACUUUAUCACAAAAAUUUAUUAAUGACAAAUACGGCAAUAGAAAAUUAUGGAUAGAAGAUAUUAACGAAAGAAAUGCCAAAUCAAACAUGUUUGAUACAGAAAACCGAAAAAAAAUAAUUGACCAACUUAACAUUGCCAAAAGAGAUUACAUAGAAAAACACGAGGAUCAAGAAAACUUUGCCAUAAAAACAAAGUUUUAAGCCAAUAAAGAAUGUAGUUCUAACAAGUUUUAUAGCUAGUCGUGCAAUACACUUAGAGUAUGAAAUUAGGUUACUUUCGAGAUUGUUAUCGAUUCAACCGUUUCUAAGAAAUAGGGCAACGUAAUGUUGGAUCGAUAGCAUUGAGUUAGUUGACUUCACGUGUGUUUCCUUAUAUACGUUAUGUCUAAAUUAAUUGAUGAUUUAUUUGAUAAAAAGAAAGAUGAGGCUCCUAUGUUGGAUUUAUCCAAAACAGUGAUAAAUACCGCGGAGGAGUACAGAGCAGUUCUAGAUAAAGUGCCAGACUUCAAAACUCGACCAGAAAAGGUAAACGCAACUUAAAUGUUUGAUUGACAUUACGCACUAGUGGUCUUUUACUUCCGAAUUCAUUAGGUACGAAGCGAAGACAUAAAAAUAAAGGACAAAAAAGAAGAUCAGAAAACUAGAACUCCUCGUAAAGAAGUUAAAGCUUAUGAAAAAUUAGGAACGCGGGGAUAUGAAGAGAAACAUUUCACGUACAUGGAUCCAAUCCCUGCGGAAAUGAGAGGUUUGAAAUUCGAAGAGUUGUGCGCUGUACCCAUAGAGUGGCGUAUGCUGACGUCCAUCAGACCAAAGUCUAAAUUAGACGAAGAAUAUUUUAACAGGUUAGUUGAACUGAGAAAAUCUGAAUUGAAAACCAAAGCGCGUGACAAAAGGGAAUAUGCUAAAAAUAAUAUGAUAAGGAAAACAAAAAAUCGCUCAGGAGUUACUGAAACUAGAAUUGUGU